AUGGUUGCGCUCACAGCAUUUAAGGAUGAAACAGGGGCAUAUCUCAUUGAUAGGGAUCCCACAUAUUUUGGUCCAAUCCUGAACUACCUCCGGCAUGGAAAACUCAUAAUAAACAAGGAAUUGGCAGAAGAAGGCGUCCUGGAAGAAGCUGAAUUUUACAACAUUGCAUCUCUAGUGAGGCUGGUGAAAGAGCGAAUACGAGACAAUGAAAGCAGAACUUCUCAAGGACCUGUCAAGCAUGUUUACCGAGUUCUGCAGUGCCAAGAAGAAGAACUGACCCAGAUGGUGUCUACUAUGUCUGAUGGAUGGAAAUUUGAACAGUUAAUUAGUAUUGGAUCUUCAUACAACUAUGGAAAUGAAGAUCAGGCAGAAUUUCUCUGUGUUGUAUCAAGAGAGCUCAAUAAUUCGACCAAUGGCAUUGUCAUAGAGCCUAGUGAGAAAGCAAAGAUUCUUCAGGAGCGAGGAUCCCGGAUGUAAUCCAAGCAUUUAACUUUAAAACUCCCAGAUGUUAAAAAGGGCAACUUAGCUGGGCAGAGAAUUUCUCCUGCAGUCCAACCUUGCUUUUGUACAGUAAUAAAACUAACACAAAGCAAAGCUGAGCCUGUCCUGCCAGUGGAGAAUUAAAUCCUGGUAAAAACCAAAGGCUCAUCCCACCCCAGUCACAGAAAGCUAUAAGAGAAAAGAAGAGAAUCUUCCAGCUGGAGAGCGCCUAGUUACAGUCCUUCAGGUCCAGGGAAAAUAGAUUUGAAAAUGAAUAA